ACUCUCUCUCUCGCUCUCGCGCGCGCACGCCUGCACUCUCUCCCCCCGGCUGCCACUCAUCACUUUGGUCGGCUGGUCGCUCGCUCUCUCACACACUUUUUUGGCGGAGGACCGCGCCUUUUUCGUCCUGUCAAGACCGUCUCGGCCGCUCGCCUCUCCUCUUGCGUCCUUCCUAUUAAUGCCUCCCGCCCCCCUUCCGGCCCAUUCCCACUCUUUGUGAAUCCUUUGUUUCCGUUUCCCUCUCUGCUCUGCUGCGAGACCGCCUCACGCCUUGUUCCUCGCCCACCGUUCGCCUUCGAUGCUGCAAGUCAGCAUCCUUUAAAACCUCACGCAGAGCCAGUGAGUGCGGCGGAGACGGGUCCCCGAGGCUGGCUUCCUUUUACUUGGCUUAAAGCCCAUCGACUCGCACGGCAGAAGCUUGCCCACCCAGCGCAGACGGUCGGUCUACUUACAGUUCGCCUGCAACUCCCCUCCUCGCCUUACUUAUUACCAACACAGACCAGGACAGGGGCUCUGUCUGGUACUGCUGCCAUUCGCAUCAUCGAGACGACGGCGACAACCACGCAAGUGGCCCGCCCCCCGAAAACUCCUGGCCCGACCUGCGCCAAUCCGCGUCAGCCAAUUCUUUUCCCCCCAAACCUAUCAAUCGAACCCCCAUUGUUCUCCUGGUCGGCGCAGAGGUGCUUUUGCGGCACAAACCUGGAACACUGGACAUUUUUGCCGCGGCUAGAAACCCGUGCUUCCGCAGCGUCUUCUAGACGUUUGGCAGAGCCAACGACAAGUCGACACAGCCACCACAGACAGCCACUGGCAGCCCCAGCGACAGGAUCAAAGUCACAUCGGCUGCGACCCUCUGCUUCUUGUUCGAACGACAGCCACAGGCGCGAAACCGCCAUUGAGCGCCAUCGCAGCGUCGCCUGCCGUCGAAUUGAUCGACCCGCGAUCCGGCUCGCCUCGCCUCGCAUCGCCUCGCCUCGCAGGGCCGACAGGCGACUACCGACCAGUGCAUCUCGUCAAUCCUCCUGGCGCAUCGUCGCCAACUCCCAACCCCGCGCUGCCCUGGCUGUUUUGUUGGUGCCGGUCGACAGAAAACCGGGCCGCCUCCAAAUAGCCCCAGGACGAAACCGACCCUCGGCGAUACCGCAACCUUGGUUGGCGACGAACGCGGCCUCUGACUGGUGGUAGCGCCGCGCAGCCAUUACGUCGUGGCGCACCCCCACCCCCUCCAAACACUUGGAGCGGUGCCGUGUCCCAAGCCUGCCCUUCCACCCCAAGGCGCCAGCAGUGGAGUGGAGGCGACCUGUCCCGCGCAGCAGCCGCUGGUACAAGCCUGUACCGACCCUACCUGCGAUAAGUACUUGCGACGCCGCUAACGUGCGCCGACCGACUCGCAUCGAAUCCCGCCUCGCGCGCGCGCCCCCCUUCGGCCUCGCGUCCACCGUCACCUCCGGUCGCCCCAGUUGCGCUGCGAAGAACGAGCGAAGCGUCUUCGGCUAGGUGCACUGGCUUUGCUUGCUUGUUGUACGGCGGCGCUAGGUACUCAGCACGGUAUCGCACCGAGUACACCGAGUACUCCUGACUAAGCACACACACACACACACACCACACACACAAUGGCCCUCUUUUCGCGGCGGCCACAACCAGCAGCCGUCCUGGGCGCCACGGCGCCGCGGCCAAUACCGUCGUCGCACCCGAGCAUUGAAGCCGCACCGAGGACGAAUGGGAGCCUCGCCACCACGGCACCGGCGUCAGCGAACACGGCGCCAGGCACUGCGACCGACGGCGGCUUGGCGGCAGUCCCGGACCCGAGCGAACCCCCCCAUUCUUAUUAUUCAAGCAGCUUCUCCUCUUCACCUCGACAGUUUCCCUCUGACUUUACCGACCCCAUCCUCGAGGAAGGAGACGUGGAAUCUGGCAGCGAUUGUGUACUCGAGCCCGUCACGCCCGUCAGCGGCGGUCGCUACUCUCAAGACUUCACCACGCUGCACCACGACGACCACGCCAACCCCCUGCAGCGCGCGCAAACCGCCCAGCCUACCGUCGCCGCCGCACCCAAGCGCGUCCCUGUCCUAGCCACGCAGACAUCGGCGCCUCCUUUGACCCCGAGAAGCGCGCCUCAGCAGUCUGCUCUGUCAUCUCGGCCUUCUUAUCCGGCGCCGCCGUCUCAGACGCCCGUCACUGGGCGUGCCACCGCCCCCCGCGGUUCUACGAGCAGGAUACGACGCACAGUCUCGAAUUUGUUUCGCCGCACCAACAGCUCACGCGACCAAGAGCACGAUUUCGCUGUCCCCGCCGACAAUCCGUUGUUCUCCGCGACCGAUACUCCGCAUUCGAGCGGUGACAAUUUCGCACGGAGCGGACCGCCGCCCACCAGCAACGGCCGCGUUCCGGCCAAGCAUUCCUCCAACACCACCUCCUCUAACUCUCCGCCCUCCCCUGGCUCGCCCCUCAUGAUGGCCCCAACGCACCGAUCGGCCGUCGCCCCCGCGAGCCCGCUGCCAGACGCCGACGACUUCAAGAAGAAGGGCCGGGCUGCCACGGGCCUGUCCUUCCGGGGACGGGCCGUCAACUUCGUCGGCGCAACCAUGAGCAGGGGGCGACCCUCCAAGGGGACACGCCGGGCCGCAAGCUUUGACUCGGACAACCGCGGUUUCCCCUCGACUCAGCAGGACACGGACGAUUCAGAUGACAAGACCUACCCUCCGGAGCGACUGCCCUGGCCGCUCCCCCCCGACGCGGGCACUGGUGCCAAGGCUCGCCGGAUGAGCUUGAGCCUGCCAGAUGAUUUUACCGUCGACAUUGCUGAGCUGCAGUCCGAAUUUGAGUACCACCACAAGAUUCUCGGCCGUCAUAGGAAGCAUCUGGGCAAGGGAGCCGCGUCAAAGGUCACUCUGAUGGUCCGCAAGGGCUAUCCCGGCGAGCUCUACGCGGUCAAGGAGUUCAGGGGCAAAUCUCACCGUGAGACCCAAGAGGAGUACGAGAAGAAGAUCAAGUCCGAAUUCAGCAUUGGCAAGAGCCUCCACCACCCCAACAUCGUGGAGACGAUUCGCCUUUGCACCGACCACCACCGGUGGAAUCAUGUCAUGGAGUAUUGCUCCGAGGGUGACUUGUUCGGCCUCGUCCAGAAGGGCUGGUUCAAGGGCGAUGACAAGAAGAAGGACAGGCUCUGUCUGUUCAAACAGCUCAUCCAGGGCGUCAGCUAUCUCCACGCCAACGGCAUCGCCCACCGGGACAUCAAGCUCGAGAACCUUCUCCUGACCAAGGACAGCAAGCUCAAGAUCACGGACUUCGGCGUCUCCGAAGUCUUCUCGGGGACUCACCCUGGCCUCCGCGAGUCUGGCGGGCAGUGCGGACGAAACAUGAGCGAUGUGCGGCUGUGUUCGCCGGGCAUCUGCGGCAGCGAACCGUACAUUGCGCCCGAGGUCUUGGAGAAGAGGAACAAGUACGACCCUCGUGCACUGGACGUCUGGAGCUCAGCCAUUGUCAUGAUCUACCUGACCUUUGGCGGUGCCAUCUGGUCGCGCGCUGAGCGUGGCAACGCACAUUACGACAAGCUCGUCCGCGGCUGGGAGAGAUGGUACGAGAAGCAUCCAGAGAUUGGCGCGACCAUAUCGGAAACAGACUACCCAGCAUGCUUGGCCCUGGACGUCGGCGUUAACCCCCCGGCCCUCCGUCGACUGAUGCUGCAAAUGCUCAAUCCUGACCCGUCCAAGCGCAUCGCGAUCGAGGAUGUCCUCAACAACCGGUGGAUGAAGAAUGUCGAGUGCUGCCAAAUCGAGUCGUACGACGACCCCGCGCAGACGAUCGAUGCCACUAAAAAGGACUGCUGCAACAAGAACGGGACGAAGAAGAUCUUCUGCCACAGUCAUCUGCCGCCGAAGACGGCCAACUCCCAUUCACUGGGCAAGAUGCCAGGGACCCCUGGCUACUAGACGGAUCGGACACGGCACGCCAGCGCGAAUGCUCCGUGUCUGUCUUCACGAAGCCUGCGUUUCUUUGAAGCGGCAGGGGCUGGCUAGCCAUACUUGGAACCUGCCUCGCUUUGACUGCCCUGCGGUGCUCAUUUUCUCUUUUUGUCAUUGGGUCUUUGCUACCAGCAGAUCCUUUGUGUUUGCUUGGGAUUACACAUUAGGCCGGGUCAUUCUACGACUAUGGCGGCGUUUUCGGUUUGGACGGCGGCCCUAGCUGGAGCGGGGCCGGGAAAUCGGCGUUCUCGGUAUUGAUUCCCUCGAUGGAUGGUGGGGAUACUGUCAGGUGGGGGAAGGCUUGUGGCGGAUCACGACAUCCGUUGCAGCUCCCUUGUCGCGCCCCCACACAUGCGUACAUAUGGUCCAGCAUAGCUGGAUUGCAAGGCCAUGCUAUUUUCUCCUUUGGGUUGUUUGGGAUCAGCAUAAUUCUCCCGGGAGGCAUUGCGUGGCGCGCGGCGCGGCCUGGCAGUGUAAAUGUCCCGGAAAGCCUGGCCAGGGGAGCUGGGUGCAUGGGGGGUCGGUGUGGUCUUGAUUUCGUCACACAGGGCCGGCGAAGACGGAGAUGCUCGGGGAAGUGCUCCACGGGUGUCAAGGUAUUUGUCGAUUCUGGAUCAUGGCAUGCGGGUGGUGCGUGGACUGCGGAGCGUGUGGCAGGGCUAGACUUGCAGGGAGCAGCUCCUCAAGAGUAUUGUCUAGCACGGCAUACAAUAGACCUAGGUGGACGACGACGGACGUGCAGUUUUGUCUGUCCAACCGCGAAUAAUUACACGC